GCCGACUGUAGCCUCUUCAAAAAUGUCUUGGUCUGUCGGGUCUGUCGGGUAGUCGGGUCGUCUGUCGGGUGGUCUAAUGUCGCGUUCCCCAUGCACAUUGUUGGAAAUAAUGGGUGCAGUUUUUUUUCGUCGAACAAAUUAAACGUUAAUGUGCAGCUAUAGGUGGGUUGUUGUUGCUCUCCCUUGUAAAUCUACCCUUUUUCACCCAAUUGUUAAUCUAAUUCUUUUUGGAACGUUCGGAUGUCGCCCAAAAACAAGCGGAAGGCCAUUGGAGGCGUUAUGCCAUUUCCCGAAAUUGAACAUUCAAAAAAUGUGGUAUAUGUUCGCAAAUUGUUAAAAUAUAUUCAGAGUGGUCAUAAAGUAUGACUGUAACAGGGUACUUAGGCUUCUAAAAGUGAAGAACAGCUCUGACGUCUUUGGUAAUUGGAAAAGGUAGGCUACUGCAAAGAGAAGCGUCACAUGACGUAAAACCGUCUUGCAACCAGAAGUUGAUAUUCUAGGUUUUUGUGUUUAAAAUUGGAAUUAUUGGAAGUCUAGUCAAUCAAUUAGUAUUAUUUGGAAUUAGUAAAGUUCAAGUACUUAAAAGCAAGAAUUGUACGGAUUUCAAAGUAAAAUCUAUUGGGUUUCAGGAGGAAAAACUAGAUGGCGUUGAUGUGCGUUUUCUAUAAAUAUUACGAGCGACAAGUUAAAUGGAUGUUUGUUAAGUUUCUACCCUAUCUAGUGUUUCAAAGGCUUUUUCAUCAAAUAUUAACAGUGUGUUAUCUGUUCAGUAUUGCUACCAUUGGACAUGUAUUGAAAAGAAAAUCCUUAAAAUAAAAAGUUUUUUGUGUGUGGUAAGGUUUCACUUUGUCAGCUACUGAACCACUACACCGCUAACUAAACGCGUAAAUACCGCUACGCGAACGGGGUUAGUCGGGAGGCUAUCGAGAACUUUGCGAACACCGAGAGCCGUUGAGUUUCAAUUUCUCAAAAGUCGGGCUUAAUUCGCUUACGGGGAGGGCAUUCAAGUUCAGCUUCUAAGUAGGGUGUGCCUUAAGGACUGAAGUAAAUUGUUACUAGUAGAUGGCAAUGCAAGUUCUCCAAAAAAUAGCUACAGACAUCUAGUGGACUAAUUUUCAACUACCCUGAAUUUUUGUCACCCAUUAUUGCGAUACCAUAGAAUGAGUGAUCCCGAACAAAACGUGAUCUUAGUGUCUGUCAUUUCUGUUACUUUUUUGCGUUCCGAAGGAUAAUUCAACUAUAAUUUUACGGUAGUUUAUUUACCAUUUAGUUAGUUUUGUUAACAGCUAAGCAAGCUACUGAACCAUAUAAUUGUGAGCCACCCUCUUUCUUCACUUUCCAUCAUGCUAUUGCACACUGAGAGAAUUCACAUUCUACCCACCACCGUCCUAUUAGCAUGAUUCUUUUUUAAUAUACAGUUCAUGGAAAUAAAAGCGCAAGAGAUGCUGACAAUAGAGUAUGGUGAUGUGUAUUAUCUGACAUGUGCGGAAUAUUCAUCUCUGUGGUUUGAUCAUCACCUUAUGCCUCUCAUCUCACUGAGCGAGCUAAAUUACAGCUCUCAUCUUCCUUCUCUGCAAAAUUGCCAUUUCAACAAUUUAUUCAGUUUCGACCCAAUUGGAUCACAAGCAACUACACUAUUUUCCUCUUCACACCGGUACAAAAUCCACCAUCAGAACUACGGCCUUGCUGUCUUCUUCCUUCGCCUUCGCCUCAUCGCUGUCAUCCUCUACGCUUUUGCCUUUGGGUCAUCGCUGUCUUCGCCUACGCCUUCUCCUUUGCGUCAUCGCUGUCUUCGUAUCGUUCUCCGUCCUCGAUCCAGCAAUUAAACGACAUGGCUUAGCAAAACAAAAAAGAUAGCCAAAAAGCAUGCAGUUCAGCAGACAGCCCACGGCGAUGAAGGAAGUUCACCGUGGAUCGUCGCCCUGGUAUUGUUUUGUUUUGCAUUGUAGUGUAUAAGUUAACCCGUUGGCUGCCACCCCGUUUGCGCCCCAUUUUUUUUGUAGCUUUUAGGGACCGGGCGCUGUUCUGCCUCGUGCAUGAGGGGGAACAGUCGCCGCGCCUAAAGGCUUUGUGCCUUUAGGCGCCGUAGGCAAUGCACCAGUAGGGCCUCUCUUUGUCGGUGCGGUGAUAGAUUCCUGGGGUGUGCAUUCCCGGAAUGGUUUCUAUCAUCUUACCAACCCGGACUUGUCUUCGGACAAGUCCCACCUUGUUCGCGAUCCUUCUGACGUGAUGCGUAGCAACUGUAGUUACAGCAACCUAUGGGUUGCGUGGCCUGGCAGCCAACGGGUUAACUUAGUGUAAAUGUAUGUUCAUUUGUGUAUGUAUUUAUGUUUAUCUAAAGUGUUAUGUAAAAUAGUGGUGGAAUUGAUGGGAGGAGGUGGGACAAUACAAAAAAAUUCCUAUGUA